CUUGAGUAGCCAAGUGUCACACUGACAUCUAAGACUAACAUCCGAGGUGUUAUAGCAACAGCAUAACAAAAGUAGGCUAGAUAAUUUAGACUUUCUUAAAGUACCACCCUCUCUACCACUGUUCAUAUUCCGGCGACCCCGCUCGCUUAGGUUCGCUUCAGACUCCUCCAUUACGGACCUCUCUCGACAGAGUGACUGUGACGGCGACUUGGAGCAAGUCUAUUAACCGCACUACCCAGCAAACAUGGCAACAUGAGCGCCAACAAAUAAGCUUUAAAUAACCGACUCGUCUAUUAAAGAAACCGAGAAAUAAGUUACAGCACGGAAGUCCACAGUCAAGACUGUGCUUGUCUUACGGAAACGAAAAGCGAUGGAGUGCGCCAACUGUUCCUUCAACUCAUCGACAAAGAUACCUUUGACAUUUGCGGAGGUUAUCGGGAAGCCACAAGUAGCGCUAAUGUUCGUCUUUCUCACGUUUUUGAUGCUUUGGAUACUGGUUGGUAAUUUCUUGGUGGUUUGGACGGUGUAUGUGACACGAAGGAUGCACUUUGCUGCCUUCUACUUCGUGGCGAGUUUGUCAGUGGCUGACUUUCUGGUUGGCCUGCUGGUUCUGCCUAUAUCGAUAGCGUAUCAUCUUAUUUACGAAAUGAAAGGUCAAUGGACAUUUGGACUCCACACGUGUAACUUCUGGCUAUUCGCUAACUUCUGGUUCUGCUCGGCGUCUGUCUUCAACCUGUGUCUUGUCAGCUGGGAUCGAUAUGUCGCCGUGACGUCACCACUCCACUACCAAACGCGCAUGUGCGAGGAGCGCGUCGUCAAACUGAUCGCUGGAAACUGGGCGUGGUCGCUUGUCCUGGCGGGAUGUCUCAUCAUCGGUUUUCACUUCUCUCAGCAGAGAGUGAUUUGCUCCGUGAAGGGAAUAGACCCAGAGAUUCUCCUUGUUGCUGUAAUAACCAUGUUUAUACUACCUUGUAUUUUCCUUGUCUUCGUCAACCUUAAAGUAUGGUUCAUAACGCGUCGCCAUCACCAUCAAAUCGGGAUUAGCAAAACUCUUGAGCUUUCAUGUACCACACGCUAUCCCGAAUCGAUUCCGCAAGAAAACCCGCGCAAGUGGUCGAUCCCGCGGGACACAUGCGAACUAGGUCGCCUGUCAAAAAGAAGCUUGCGAGGUAGGGCUUAUCCACGACGAAAAACAUCUGUAAUAGUCAUGAUCCCAAGAGAUGUCUCACUGUCGAUACUCCAGGAAGUCCCGAACGAAUCUUCGAUCACAUGGGUGACAAAGAACUAUUCGAUCCCGCGCGAAACCCGGAAAAACUCUUCGAUCCUGCGUGAGACCCGGAAUGACUCUUCGAUCCCGCGUGAGACCCGGAAUGACUCAUCGACCCCGCGUGAGACCCGGAAUGACUCAUCGAUCACACGAGAGACACCAAACAACGCUUUAAUCACAAGGGAUACCCCGAACGACUCUUCGAUCUCGCGCGAAACCCCAAACGACUCUUCGAUCACGCGCGGGACCCCGAACGACUUUACGAUCACGCGCGAGACCCCGAACGACUCUUCGAUCCCGCACAAGAUCCUACACGACACUUGGAUCCCGCGUGAGAUCACGCACGACUCUUCGAUCCCGCGCGAGACCCCGGACGACUCUUCUAUCCCGUGCGAGACCUCGAACGACACUUCGAUUCCGCGAGAAGUCAUGAACGAUACUUGGAUCUCGCAUGAGAUCCCUAACGACUCGGACUCCUCGAACCCUAACAACUCUUCUAUCCCGUGGAAGAUCACGAACGACUCUUCGAUACGACGAAAAACUCCGAGCGUCUCAUCGUUUCCGAGAGACGAAGUGGAACAAGUUAAAGAAUCUAAAUAUGUGCGAGGACUGUUUGAUAGAGGAAGACGGCGAACGAUCAAACAAGAGAUCAAGACAUUUCGCAUAUUCCUGGUUGUCAUUGGUGUUUUCGUGGCUUGUUGGACGCCUUUUUUCGUGGUGAUGCUGAUGGGAAUAUUUUCGCCUGUGUCGGGUUUUGUUCUGUACAUCACUAUCGUCUUGACGUAUUGUAAUAGUGCGUUGAACUCGCUUAUUUACGGAGUGCUCAGUCGCAACUGUAGACGUGCAAUGCGAUCUAGCAUCUCCCUAAAGCGAUGGAAAUCAAUGUAGUUGUUACCAUGGUGAUUAUCGUUAGAGAUACGCACAAGGCAGCCGCUGCGUGCACAGGGGGAUGUGCGUUUCCCUCCCUCCCACGGCGGCCAAAUAGCUGGUCAUUUCUUAUUACGGAAUCUUUUCUGAAACCUAUGACCUCGCAGCCCCUCAGUCAAUCCUGGGAACGCGCCUGGUAGGCCACCACUCUCACGACUAUUCAAAAACUUGAGAGAACAGGGCCGUAGCAGGGUUGGGGACUGGGGAAAAAAUUGUAUUGUAUUAGGAAAUGACUAGUAAGGGCGUGGCUGGGGACUGGGGGCACGUGCCCCAAAAUAUUGUAUUAGGAAAUGACUAGUAAGGGCUUGGCUGUGCCACCUAUAUUUUCUUAAUGUCCCCCCCCCCCCCCUAAUCAUUUUGAGGCCUGCUGCGGCACUGGUAUAAUUAUCAGCAUGGUGACAGACAUCCUCCUCCUCUACUGUUAUUGUUGUAUCAACCGACCGGGUUAACAUUCCCUGCUAUCAGAGGCCUCUUUUCUCUGUAUUUCGCUGGGCUGGAGUUCGCGAGGAAAAGAUACCUCUGCCAUGGGUCGAAACUGUUUCUGUUGCGCAUGCGUGAGCGUUAAUAAGCG